AUGGUCACCCACUACCUGGAAUGUCUUUUCACCAUGUAUUGUAUCCGAGGGACUGACAAGGACGAUAGUGACGCCGGUUCUGGAUCUCUACGGGAUGCUGUGUCGCAGGCCAACCGGAUCGUCGUCUUUACCGUUGGUGGAGUGAUCAACAUCAGCUCCCGUAUCGUCGUUUCAAAGAACACAUACAUUGCUGGCCAAACCGCUCCGGGAGACGGCCGAGACGAGACCUUUUCCAUCAGCGGAACCGCCGCGAAUAUUACUGUCCAGAAUACCAUCAUCGCUCAAGGACUCGAAACCCAUUCUUGUGGUGGGCUCAUGGAGACCGACGGCGGCAUCAGUCUCUUCCGCAAUCUGUACAUCGACAACAAAACCCGCAACCCAAAAGUCAAGGGCGUCAGUGACUUUCAGAACAAUGUCAUCUACGACUGGGGCGGUGGUGGUGGCUACAUUGCCGGUGAUAGUUCUGCUGCAAGCUACGCCAACAUUAUCAACAACUCCUUUAUUUCGGGUCCAAGCACGAGCCUCGGGUUGGCUGCUCGAAGCCGUGACGGGGUGGAUACGGCGCUCAUCAACCAGUUGAAGAGUUGGGGGAAGUCCGGCGCUCUCAUCAGUGACGAGUCGAGCAUGGGCGGUCCGGGCACCAUUAGUGGGGGGACGGCGCCGGCUGACGCGGAUGGCGACGGCAUUCCAGACGCUUGGGAACGAUCGAAUGGCCUGGACCCCAACGACGCUAGUGAUGCUAUGCGCAUCUCGAGCACACUCCACACCCCCAUCGUCCCAUGCACCAGCACCAGCCCCGGCGUAAAAAUCCCCACCCACGCCACCACCGCGCCCCCCAACGCGCUAUACCCCCCACCCAGGGCGGCCGAUCAAAAAAUCCCUCGGCGUCACCCAGCCCUCUGCAACAACAUACUCGCGCAGCAGGGGGAUGACGACGGGCCCGCCGCCGAAGAUGAUGGUGCCGGCGAGGUACAUGUUGGCGAAGAGGCGGUAGAGGAGGGGUGCGGGAGCGGGGAGGGUGCUGCGCAGGGUGAGGGCGGCGAUGAAGGUGAGCAGGAAGAGGGCGAUGGUGAGCGUGCCGGUGCGCCAGUAGCAAGUCCCGAGAUGACCAUCAGCACGGGGGAAGUACCACCAGUGCGUUUGUACAUCAUGCCGGCGGCCGGCGGUGAAGAAGACGAUGAGCCGGGUCAACUUGUCUGUGAUAGCCCUUCUGGGACAGCUCGACGGGCGGCUAAUGCAAUCACGCCCACGGUGGCUGAGUUGAAGGCCGGAUAG